AUGGCUGAUCCUCAAAGCGCCAAACGCGCGCGAUCUAAUACCAUUGGCGAUGCCCAUGUCAAUACGACAGCGCUGGCGCCAGCAGAAGAUAUUUUCCAGCGCAUUGAACAGCUCGAUAUACAGACUGUCACCGACAUUCUCACGCAAGCAGCGCAAAUCCAUCCCGACGUCCUGACCAUGGUGGACGAUGCUAUUCGCUACGAUGUCUCCUUCGAAGUGGCUGAGGAGGUCGUUGAAACCAUUCAAUUAAUCGCGGAACAGUGUGGCCCAUUCACGAACCCUCGGACACGCUUCAAUGGCCUCUCUACCCUACGCAAAAUCGGGAAGACGAUUGCACUAUCUUCCAACGAUGUAGUGGGCCAUGAGGUGCAAGAGCGGUUCCAAUAUGAUACUGCUCUUGUGACUGCGAUGCGGGAAAUAAUCGAAUCUAUGACGGAGGAUGAAGUCCGCGCGAUCAGAGAGAAUGAGUCGAGCCCAGAAGCGUUGUGGCCAAAAUUGCUGGAAUUGGAGGAACUGUCCGUUGAUCACUGCAUUCAUCCUGAGCUAGGAGAAGUGUUGAAUCUAUUGGAUCCUGCUCGCUGUGAGGAUGAGGAUGAAGAAGAUAAAGAGGAAGAGGACGAGGAAUGGGACGAGUGGUCCAAUGAUCGUAUUCAUUGA